AGCCGAACCCUGAUCAAAAUGGCACGGUACUCACGCGCUUGGUUCCCGCUGCUUCUUCUCGCGUCUGCCCUUGUGCAGAGCUCCUACGGGUCGAGACCGUCUCCUCCGGAGCCGAAGGAGCCUGUGGCCGUAUUUCCGGUGGUUCACGGCGCCGCCGAACCGCGCCUCCGUGGCGACGGGGCGCCCGAAGUCCAGCCCUCAACGGAGAAGGGUGCGGCCGGUCAUCAUGGAGCGAGCGCUGGCGAUGGUGGCGCGUUUGCAGCUUCGGGGAUGGGCGGCGGUGGCGCUGUGUCGUCGGAGCAGAGGAAGGGUUCAGGGGCGCCGGUGCUGCAGCAGGCGCUGAAGGUGGCGCGGCGGAUGCUGGGAGGGGAGGCGGAGGACUCGGCGGCGGGGCCGUCGUGCCACUCCAACAACGCGCACAUCACCUGUGCCCCGCCGGCGCGGCACUGA